AUGUCUUCACCGAGUAGAAGGAGGUUCAUUGUUACAUAUCUGGUGCUUGUGCUGUUGGAUUGUUUCUUGGAAGCGGCGUCUGGGCAGCUCUCCUACUCCGUCUCAGAGGAGGUAAACCCGGGGACUAAUGUCGGAAAUAUCGCCAAGGAUCUUAACCUCAAUGUUCAGGAUUUGGAGUCCCGUUUGUUUCAGGUUGUUACGGGAUCUAAGAGGAAAUACUUCGAGGUAAAUCUUAAAACCGGGUUCCUGUAUGUCAAUGAGAGGAUAGACCGCGAGGAGCUUUGUACAGAUGAACCCAAAUGCACUGUUAGUGUAGAGGCAGUUAUAAACAGCCCACUGAAGCUUUACCGCGUCGAGAUAGAAAUUAAAGAUGUGAAUGACCAUUUUCCGUCUUUUACCACGAAAUCACAAAUACUGGACAUCGCAGAGAACACCUUGCCUGGGUUUAGAUUCGCCUUAUCGGAGGCAAGCGAUGCCGAUGUGGGUAAAAACGGUGUUAGUGCGUAUAAGCUCAGUCCAAACGAAUACUUCAGUCUAUCGACACACAAACGAGGGGAGAGUAUAUCUCCGGAGUUAGUGCUGCAGAAAGCCCUAGACCGUGAGAAAAAGCCACAUAUGCAGCUCAUGUUAACUGCAGUAGACGGGGGAACUCCACCAAAUUCAGGCACAUCAGAAAUUGAAAUAAAUGUACUAGACACUAAUGAUAACGCACCAAUGUUUAGCAGCAGUCUUUACAAAGUUAAAACGUUUGAAAAUAUCCCGCUUGGUACGGCGGUGUUCACCCUAAAUGCGACCGACGCUGAUGAAGGCACAAACAGUGAAAUAGUGUAUUCACUUCGUAAUAAGGAUCAGGACCACAUUCUGGAUAUUUUCAAAAUUGACCCCGAAACGGGGAUCAUUACGGUGAAAGGGAAAAUCGACUAUGAGGAAAGAAAAGCUUUUGAAAUCCGAGCAGAGGCAAGGGACAAAGCCCAGCCCCCUCUGUCCGCUCAUAGUAAAGUGCUAGUAGAAGUAAUUGACGUAAACGACAACGCUCCUGAAAUCACGGUGACGUCACUGCUUAAUACCGUGAAUGAGGACGCUGAUGUAGGCACUGCGAUUGCACUUGUUUCCGUUCUAGACAGAGACAGUGGUAACAAUGGGCAAGUGAAAUGUGAGAUCCUAAAUACAGUUCCGUUUAAAUUGGAGACAAACUACAAAAACUAUUACUCUUUAGUGGUUGACGGACAUUUAGACAGAGAGGUAACUCCUCAGUACAAUGUAACUAUUUUAGCAACCGAUGAAGGGAGUCCUCCUCUUUCAAACAUCGGUGUUAUAACCGUUUACGUGUCUGAUGUUAAUGACAAUGCCCCUUGGUUCCAAGAACAGUUGGUAAAUAUUUAUGUGAAAGAAAACAGCAAAGUAGGAACAGUUAUUAAAACCGUGACUGCAACUGAUGCUGACGUCAGCAACAACGGUCAGGUGAGCUACUCAUUUUUAGAUAGUAAUAGUAAGUCUCUGCCCAUCUCGACGAUGGUAAAUAUCAACUCAGAGACUGGAGACAUAGUCAGCCUGCAGUCUUUUAACUACGAGGAGUUGAAAACGUUUCAGUUUAAAGUUCAGGCCACAGACUCUGGUGUUCCUCCGCUCAGCAGCAACGUGACUGUGAACGUUUUAAUCCUGGAUGAGAAUGACAACAGUCCCUCGAUUCUCGCGCCCUAUUCUGAGCACGGCUCCGUUAACAGUGAGACCAUCCCCUAUUCUGCUGAAGCGGGAUACUUUGUGGCAAAGAUCAGGGCUGUAGACGCAGACUCUGGAUACAAUGCGCUGCUUUCCUAUCACCUCUCUGAGCCCAAAGGAAACAACCUCUUCCGGAUCGGAACCAGCACCGGAGAGAUCAGGACCAAGAGGAGAAUGAGUGACAAUGACCUGAAAACUCACCCCUUGGUGGUGUUGGUUUCUGAUAACGGAGAACCCUCCCUGUCAGCUACUGUGUCUAUUGAAGUGGUGGUGGUUGAAAGCACAGCUGACAUCCAGACUCAGUUCAGACAUGUGCCCAUAAAGGAGGACAGCUUCUCUGAUUUAAACCUGUAUCUGCUGAUCUCCAUUGUGUCGGUGUCGGUGAUCUUUCUGCUGACCCUCAUCAGUUUAAUAGCUGUCAAAUGCCACAGGACAGACGGCAGUUUCAGCAGGUACAGCGCCCCAAUGAUCACCACCCACCCUGACGGGAGCUGGUCUUACUCUAAGGCUACUCAGCAGUAUGACGUGUGCUUCAGCUCAGACACACUGAAGAGUGACGUAGUGGUUUUCCCCGCAUCGUUUCCGCCUGUAGAUGGUGAGCUGAUCAGUAUUAACGGAGGAGACACUUUUACCAGAACUCAGACUUUACCAAAUACAGACAAGGUAAGAUAUGCCUAG